AUGCCGUCGGCCAUGUCAAGUUCUUUGGCAGGUCGAGCUCCGGCCGUCCUCCGACAUGGUCGACGAGUCCCGACAGCUCUGACCGGCCGCAACUUCACCCUCGCUGCCUCCAACGGCCUGUCCAGGGCUCAACUUCAGAGCAACAGCGCAAAGCUGCUCCAGAAGCGCCUCUUUUCCGCGAGCGCGCUUCGUUCCAGCACCGUGCAAUCUGCGCCGAACCCCAAGGCUUAUCUUGAGAGCGGUGUGAUCAAGUCUUCUGUCGGCGUCGACGUCAAGAAGGUGCUUGUCAUUGGCAGUGGUGGUCUUGCCAUUGGUCAGGCUGGAGAGUUCGACUAUUCAGGAUCGCAAGCUCUGAAGGCUCUGAAAGAGGAGGGCGUCAAGUCCGUCCUCAUCAACCCGAACAUUGCCACCAUCCAGACCAACCACUCGCUCGCCGACGAGGUUUACUACCUGCCCGUCACCCCGGAAUACGUGACUUACGUUAUCGAGAAAGAGAAGCCCGAUGGCAUCUUCCUCUCGUUUGGUGGCCAGACCGCCCUGAAUCUCGGUGUCCAGAUGCAGCGCAUGGGUCUGUUUGAGAAGUACGGCGUCAAGGUCCUUGGAACCAGUGUCAAGACCCUUGAGACGAGUGAGGACCGCGACCUUUUUGCUCGCGCCCUCGACGAGAUCGACAUCCCCAUCGCCAAGUCGAUCGCUGUUGGAACCGUCGAGGAGGCUCUAGACGCCGCCGAGAAGGUCGGAUAUCCCAUCAUCGUCCGUGCCGCCUACGCGCUCGGUGGUUUGGGAUCCGGUUUCGCAAACAACCAGGAGGAGCUCCGCAACAUGGCUGCCCGCUCCCUCACCCUGUCUCCCCAAAUCUUGGUUGAGAAGUCGCUGAAGGGCUGGAAGGAGCUCGAGUAUGAGGUCGUCCGUGACGCGAACAACAACUGUAUUACUGUUUGCAACAUGGAGAACUUCGACCCCUUGGGCAUCCACACCGGAGACAGUAUCGUCGUUGCUCCCAGUCAAACCCUUAGCGAUGAGGAGUAUCACAUGCUGCGAUCCGCCGCCAUCAAGAUCGUUCGCCAUCUUGGUGUUGUGGGAGAGUGCAACGUUCAGUACGCGCUCCAGCCCGACGGCCUCGACUACCGUGUCAUCGAGGUCAACGCUCGUCUUUCUCGUUCUUCCGCUUUGGCCUCCAAGGCCACCGGAUACCCUCUUGCGUACACCGCCGCCAAGAUCGGCCUUGGUUACAGCCUCCCCGAGCUCCCCAAUGCCGUCACUAAGACCACGACCGCAAACUUUGAGCCUUCCCUCGACUACAUCGUCACCAAGAUUCCCCGCUGGGAUCUUUCCAAGUUCCAGCAUGUCAAGCGCGACAUCGGCAGCGCCAUGAAGUCUGUCGGUGAGGUUAUGGCUAUUGGACGUACCUUUGAAGAGUCCUUCCAGAAGGCUAUUCGCCAGGUUGACCCCAAGUUCGUUGGCUUCCAGGGCGACAAGUUUGAUGACCUUGACUUUGAGCUCCAGAACCCUACUGACCGCCGUUGGCUCGCUGUUGGUCAGGCUAUGCUCCACGAGAACUACUCUGUGGACAAGGUUCACGAGCUGACCAAGAUUGACAAGUGGUUCUUGUACAAGCUGCAGAACCUGGUCGACUGCACCCGCGAGCUGGAGCAGGCUGGUGGCCUCGAGGCUCUCAAGAAGGACCAAGUCCUUAAGGCUAAGAAGCUCGGUUUCUCUGACCGUCAGAUCGCCAAUGCAGUUGGCAGCACCGAAGACAAGGUCCGCGAAGUUCGCCUUGGCUUCGGAAUUCGCCCUUGGGUUAAGAAGAUCGAUACUCUUGCGGCUGAGUUCCCCGCCGACACCAACUACCUGUACACCACUUACAACGCCUCGUCCCACGAUGUCACGUUUGAGGAUAAGGGAAUCAUCAUUCUGGGCAGCGGCGUCUACCGCAUUGGAAGCUCUGUGGAGUUCGAUUGGUGCGCUACCGGUGCCACUCAGGCUCUCCGUAAGAUGGGAAACAAGACUGUCGUCAUCAACACUAACCCUGAAACGAUGUCGACCGACUACGAUAUGGCGGACAAGCUCUAUUUUGAUGAGUUGACUUAUGAGCGUGUGAUGGAUAUUUACGAUCUUGAGUCCGCCUCCGGUGUGGUCGUCUCUGUUGGUGGUCAAUUGCCCCAGAAUAUGGCCAGGAAGCUACAGGAGACAGGAGGCGCCAAGGUUCUUGGAACCGACCCUAUUGAUAUCGACAAGGCCGAGGACAGGCAAAAGUUCUCCGAGAUCCUCGACAGCAUUGGCAUUGAUCAGCCCGCGUGGAAAGAGCUCACCUCCGUCCAGGAGGCCGAGGCCUUUGCUGACCAGGUCGGAUACCCCGUUCUUGUCCGGCCCAGUUAUGUCCUUUCCGGCGCUGCCAUGACUGUCAUUCGCGGCCGGGAGGACCUGAAGGAGAAGCUUGAGGCAGCCUCUAAUGUGUCUCCCGACCACCCUGUCGUCAUCAGCAAGUUCAUUGAGGGUGCUCAAGAGAUCGAUGUCGACGCUGUGGCUUCUAAGGGCAACCUGAUCCUUCACGCUGUCAGUGAGCACGUCGAGCAGGCUGGUGUUCACUCCGGCGAUGCUACUCUCGUCCUGCCCCCCGUCAACCUUGACCAGACCACUCUAGACCGUUGCAAGGAUAUUGCUGAGAGGGUUGCCAAGGCCUGGAACAUCACCGGUCCCUUCAACAUGCAGAUCAUCAAGGCUGACAACCCUGAAGGCGGCGAGCCUGCGUUGAAGGUCAUCGAGUGUAAUCUGCGUGCCUCCCGUUCAUUCCCCUUCGUCAGUAAGGUCCUUGGCACCAACUUCAUUGACGUUGCCACAAAGGCGCUCGUCGGCCAGGAUGUCCCCGAGCCUGUCGACCUGAUGGCCGUCAAGCGUGACUACCUGGCCACCAAGGUUCCUCAGUUUUCCUGGACCCGUCUCGCCGGUGCCGACCCUUUCCUCGGCGUGGAAAUGGCCUCUACCGGUGAGAUUGCCUGCUUCGGCAAGGACCUCGUUGAGGCCUACUGGACCUCCCUGCAGUCGACCAUGAACUUCCGUAUGCCUGAGCCUGGCGAAGGCCUCCUCUUCGGUGGUCAGCUGAACAAGGAAUGGCUCCCCACCGUUGUGAACUACCUCGCCCCUAUGGGUUACAAGCUCUACGCUGCCGACCAGGAAGUCAAGGACUUCCUCGAGUCGAAUGUCAAGGGCAUCACUGUUGACGUGAUCGAGUUCCCCAAGGAGGAUAAGCGCGCUCUUCGCGAGGUCUUCCAAAAGUACGACAUCCGCGGUGUCUUCAAUCUGGCACAGGCCCGCGGCAAGACCGUGAUGGACGUUGACUACGUCAUGCGUCGCAACGCUGUCGAUUUCGGCGUUCCUCUGUUCAUGGAGCCCAAGACCGCCAUGCUCUUUGCUCAGUGCAUGAGCGAGAAGCUGCCCCGUAAGGAGGGCAUUCCCUCUGAAGUUCGCCGCUGGUCUGACUUCCUCGGCGGCAAGCCUUUGUAA